GAACUACUUGAGGGUGAGUAAAUGAUGACAGAAUUUUCAUUUUUGGGUGAACUAUCCCUUUAAAUCUUUCAAACAAAUGACAUCUCUCUGUAAUUGUCAAAAUGUAUAGAUACAUAACUUUGGCACGCACACACACACACACACACACACACACACACACACAAAAGUAAUUUGAAAUUUAGCACAGUCUAUAUCCCACCAAUAUAAAUGUGUGCAUUGUGCAAUAGUGAGAGGAAGAAUGAGUAAGAGUAAUAUGAAGGGGACAUUUAUAAUGACAAAUUAAUUGCAUAUCAUGUUUUAUAGUCAUAUAUGUAGUCUGAAUAACAUUAAAUUAUGAGUGUAACAUAAGCAUAUCCCUGAAUGUUUUUUCUUAAUCUUUAACGCUUAGUUGACUGUCCUAGAAAAGACAAUUUCUCACUUAAAAACAUUGGAUAAAGAUACAUCUUUUUUAAUAGUAAUGCGAAUGUCUGAUACACAUUUUGAAAAAAAAAAUAAAAAAAUUUUGAAAUAUGAACACAUUACCCAGUGUUAAAAUAACCAAUCAGUCUUAUAUAAUAAUAUUCUCUUCACAGGUAAUUUGCACAUUAACAUUUUCCCAUUUGUUUUAAUAACUUGCAAUUGAUCUAAAAGGCAGUAGAUGGCGUAAACGCUCUACUUCAGAUGCAGCUUCAUUGGCAUUUGGAGUUUCUUUCAGUGAAUCGUUGUGACUUGCAAAAAAUAGGUAGACGUAUUUUGACUCAUAAACAACUGAUUAAUUUAUCUAAAACCUCUAGCGAAUUAUCUCAUAAUUAAUACAUAAUUAAUUUCCACAGAGAAAUGCUUUUGAAUACUUUUACCAUGAACUAAGGGCAUUUUAUGUUAAUUAUAUCUGUGCCGUUUUUUGUUGUUGUUGUUUUGUUUUUUUGGUAAUGCAUUUAUUUAUUGUAGAGCAGUUAAAUGUUUGGGUCAUUGAUCCAAUGGCAGAACUCCUCCCUGUCUUCAAACACUGCUUGAGGUUCCUGCCCACUGACUUCUGUUCAUACUGCAAACCUUUCAAAUAUCCAUUCAUCACCGGCUAUCCAACACACUAAAGGUCUUCUUUCCGUCUGUAAAAACCAUAAGCAACUGCUUUCACCAAAACUAGGACCCUUUUGACGUCACCAGGGGCACUUUUUACAUCUUCAUUAAUUAACGGACUAUUGAUUGACAAAUGGACAUACAUAGAUUGCAUGAAGAUUAAUUGCCUUUUUUCUUGGACGAACAGAAAUUACGUAUCCUUUACAUCUUACUCAAAUUGCUUUAGCAGCUCUUCUUGUCUGAAUAAUUUUUAUAAUGGGAUUAUUGUUUUUCAUUUUUUGCUGUGGCGCUUUUUGUUUUACACGUGCAAAUGUGACGGAGCAACAAACUGCUGACAAUAUAGAAAACCGUGCAACUCUAGAAGAUGAAAUGGACAAUCAAGAAAACAUCUUAACACAGCUCAUUGGGGACUACGAUAAAGUGAAGACUCUAUCUGAGGGCUCAGACUGUCGGUGUAAAUGUGUGGUAAGGCCUCUGAGCAGGAGCGCAUGCAAGCGCAUUGAAGAAGGCCAUGCCAAGGCUGAGGACUUCUACACAGUGGAGACUUUCACUGCAGGACCCAGCUGCCAGAAGUGUGCCUGCAUCGCCCCUCCGUCCGCCCUGAACCCCUGUGAGGGAGACUUCAGGUUUAAGAAGCUGCAAGAGGCUGGGCGGGAUGAUAUCAAGCUUUCAACCAUAAUGGACCUGCUAGAGGGAGCAUUUUAUGGGAUGGACUUGUUAAAGCUUCACUCUGUCACAACAAAACUUCUGGAACGGGUUGAUAAGAUAGAGAAAUCGUUUUCCGGAAACCUGACAAAGGAGAAAGUGAGCGUGAAAGGUGAAAAAGCGCAGGGGAAGGGGCCUCGCACCAACCAACGGCAAGAGAAGAAGAAACGUCUCAGCGUGCUGGAGCCCUCACUGCAGAAGAAUGUGGCAGCUGCAUUUGCUCACACUGAGAGGAAAUAUGAGGAGAAGUUUGUUGGGAAUCAGAGCUCCAGCAAGCCUGUGCUGAAGAGAAGCAACUCUGGGGAUCAGGAGGAGCCGCAUAAACCUGUGAAGACCAAAGCAGAUCCCAAUGGCAUGACCAUCAAAAGUAUGACCUUCUACAAAACCGGCACAAUGGAGGAUAGUGAGGGGGAAGAACACAUUGCCACAGCAGUCCAUGAGGUUGUAAGUGGUGAAGGCUCGGUGGAUUUAAUUAUUGAGGACCAGCUCCAUAAGCAAGAGCCACCUGUUACAAGACCUGGAGCUUCUGCAGCAGUGACCCAGACCCCCUUAAUGAACCUCAACCAACAGAAUGGAGAACCUACUGCUGCAAACAUAACAAAUGUGACAAAGCAAACUAAAGGAGAGACUGUAAAAGUCAAGAAGUCAGGCACAAUAACAACAGCAAGGGCCAUCCCGCAAACCUCAAUGACAUUAACUACCACAACGACAACAAGCACUAAGACAGCGACCAUCGCAACUCCUCUUGCAGUGCCAAAACAGCUGGCCAGUGUUACAGCACCCACAAAGAAGUACAAACUUAGCUGGGAUGAAGCUACAACUCAAAGAAGCACACAACCCCCAAAGAAGACCAAAGAACAAGGGAUCUGCAAGGACACAUUGGCAAGCAUUGCUGAUCCUGUUACACACAACACGUACGGCAAGAAUGUAGGUGCUUGGAUGAAAGACCCAAAAGGCAACGGAAAAGUUAUUUAUGUGACGGACUACCACUUUGGGGACCAGCUUCUGGAAUUCCGUGAUAUGGACACUUUUAAACAAGGGCAGUUUAGCAACACCUACAAAAUCCCUUAUAACUGGAUUGGCACCGGUCAUGUCGUCUACGGUGGCUCUUUCUUCUACAAUAGAGCAUUUUCUCGUGAUAUAAUCAGGUUUGAUCUUCGUCUCCGGUACGUAGCAGCCUGGACCACCCUUCAUGAUGCUGUAUUAGAGGAGGCGGAGGGUUGGGGAGGACAUUCAGACAUUGACUUUAGUGUGGACGAGAGUGGGCUAUGGUUAGUGUACCCAGCUCUGGACGAAGAGGGAUUUCACCAGGAAGUGAUCAUCCUAAGCAAGCUUCAGCCCUCUGACUUACAGAAAGAGAAGAGCUGGAGGACAGGCCUGAGGAGGAACUACUAUGGUAACUGCUUCGUCAUCUGCGGUGUUCUGUACGCCAUUGACAGUUUCGAGCGCACACAUGCCAAUAUUUCCUACGCGUUCGACACGCACACACACACCCAGAUGAUUCCCCGUCUCCCUUUUAUAAACAACUACUCCCACACCACACAAAUCGACUACAACCCUAAGGAACGUAUGCUUUAUGCGUGGGACAAUGGCCAUCAAGUGACCUACAAUGUAAUAUUUGCUUAUUAACAGUAAUUUAACACUUUAUUAAGGUACUGCGUGCAGCACUUUCUGUAUAAAAUAGUCAAAUGAUUGUGUCUAAGUGGGUUGUAGAUCAGUCUACAUGACAAAUAUUUUUAUGAAUAUUUCAUCAGGUCUUAUUUUUUGUCUUUUUGUCUGUUGCACGUCUUUUGUUAUUGCUUUUUUAAUGGAUGCUUGUUAUUCUCAAAGGGUUACAAAAUAUCAUUGAGCUUCAUGACAAGGUUUUCACUGCUUUCUUGAAGUGUACAUGUAUGUUGUAUAUAAUGUAAUUUAAAAUAAACCUUAUAGCAAGCUCUUCUAAA